AUGUUGAGCCGUCUGUUCAGCGAGGUGCUGCCGGACGUCCAGAGGCUCGCGGCCGACUGGGCGGACGACAACGAGAGCGAGGACGGUAAGGACAAGGACAACGGGCACGAGCCCAGUCAGCUCGGGGACGACGAUCUGGACGAGCCGCUGGAAGGCAUCAGCCGAGCUGAGUCUGAGAUGGCCGACGACGACGACGACGACGACGAGGACGAGGCCGAGGAAGAGGAGUGCGGUGACGAGAACAGCGGAGAUAAGCCCAAGAAGCGCGGCCCAAAGAAGCGCAAGAUGACCCCGGCGCGCGUGGAGCGCUCCAAGGUGCGUCGACACAAGGCGAACGCGCGGGAGCGCACGCGCAUGCACGACUUGAAUUCUGCAUUGGACAAUCUGCGCAAAGUGGUUCCGUGCUACUCCAAAACCCAAAAACUCUCCAAGAUCGAGACUCUGAGGCUGGCCAAAAAUUACAUCCUAGCUCUGGGGGAGAUUUUACGCAACGGGAAGCGCCCAGAUGUGGUGGCCUACGUGCAGAUGUUGUGCAAGGGCCUGUCACAGCCCACCACCAACCUGGUGGCAGGCUGUCUGCAGCUCAACACCAGGAACUUCCUGACUGAACCGUGUUCAGACACAGCCCGCUUCCACAUGCCCACCUCUCCCUUCUCCGUCAACCCCUACUCCUACCGCUGCUCCCGCCUCUCCAGCCCGCACUACCAGCCCGGAUCCGGCGCUGCGCUCAGCAUGCGGAGCCAUUCCUACGGUUCUGGAUACGAAGGCGUGUACCCGCCGGGGGGCACGUCUCCUGACUACAACAGCCCGGACUAUGAGGGCCAGCACAGCCCGCCUGUGUGCCUGAACGGCGGGCUGUCUGGGAGGCAGCAGGAGUCCUCUGACACGGACAGGAACUAUCACUACUCUAUGCAUUACUCCGGACUGACCACGUCUCGACCACCAGGCCACAGUCUACCUUUCGGGCCCUCGGGAGCGCGAGGUGGUGCGCACUCGGAAAACAUUCCCCCCUUCCACGACGUGCACUUGCACCACGACAGGGCUCCUCCAUACGAGGACCUCAAUGCGUUUUUCCACAACUGA